AUGUACCAUCACGGCAAAUCGCUGAUGGAAUGGCUCAACCGCUGUAGUUGGGGACGUUCACCCACACCGCGUGACAUCUGGAUGGGUAGCCACGGUGGCGCAGCUAGCUGGUUUUGGAGGAACUCCUACACUGGAACACCACUUCACAUCUACCCUGAAAGUCCGAGACUAUACAACUCCUUUUCUGGCGCCGACAGUCCUCGCUGCCCAUCGUCGCCAGUGCACGUGCCAGUGGCGAUGGCAUAUACGCCUGCACCCGGCUACGUAAUGUUCCCUGUGAUGCUUUCCGGGGCACCAGACAGUCCGAGGGGUGGGCUGACCCCGCUCAUGGGAAGCCCAGUCAGCACGCCAACAGCUAUGAUGUUCCCCCAGACGCCCUUCGCGCAGCACCCCUCAGCCGGGCCCUUUGCACCCCCACCACCGCAAGGCCCUAGCGCUCCGUCGAUGCGGCCGACCUCAAUCUCCGGGGCGCCUCAGGUCCCCGGCGGACCGCAGGGCCCCGAUGGCUCGUCGGCUUUCUUCCACCCCCUCUUCAACGGCUUUAAUGCGUUCGGACCUCCUCCAGGUAUGCCAGGCCCUCCGCCGCACGGCUUCGCAUCCGGAGCUCCUCCCUUGGCAAUGCCCAUGGCGCCGCCGCAGCAGUGCGCGAAGCAGCCGCGCAGCAGCACUGCGGGAGACAAGGGCCGUCCCUAUCAGCCGUCACCUCUUAAGCCUGGGCCGCGCAAAUCAUCGGGCAACGGAGGCCCACCAAGUGGCGUGGGUGCCUUCCCCCCAAUGACGGCUCUUGUGGGCCGAAACACAGGCACCAACCCCGCAGCAGCAGCUGCAGGAUCCGGCGGUAACAGCAGCGACGUUUCUGUGUCUCCUCAGCCACCUUCGGCAUCCUCCGGAGCGCGGGUACCCGGUAGACAGUUGAACGCCCAGCAGGGCUACCAGACUCCAGCUCACGGCGCGUACCAACACCCGAGCAGUGUCUCUGGCGCCGCUGGCCCGUCCUAUGUCCGAAGUGCCGCGGAUGGCCCUGAAGCUUCUCCACUACCGCACCAGCCUGCGUCACUCUCACCGGACCCGUCAAUGGCGUCGUACGGCUCAUCUGCAGCACGGCCAGCAGCCAUUAAUGCUUCAACCAACGCCACCCCUCGCGAGGCAUUGGACCCAACCACUGCAGCUGCCGCAGCCGCAGUUGUCGCCGCCGCUGCCGCCGCGGCUGUCAACAACAUAUCUUCGGGACCCACGCCGCGGACGUCGUACACGGGACCCUCGGUAACCCCUCCGCCCAGGAGCUCCUUAUCGGGCACUCUGGGCCCGGCGGCGGCAUCCGGGCGGACCUCUAGCUCUGGUGUUGUUCUCCCGGGUGCUGCUGCUGCCGCAGCCGCGGCCAAUGCCCUGAGUGCCAACGCUGCCGCAGUACAUCAUCAGGCCCACAUGACCCUUCACGACGAUUCCGGGGCUACGCUGUCCUCCGGGGGCUUGGAUACCGACGGUGUAGGACUGUCCAGCGGGGACGUCGAUCUUCCACCGUAUGGCAAUUUCGUUGCGCACGGCAUGGCGCAUCAUAUGGGCAGCCACGCGGCUGCGGCUGCCAGUGCGGCGUCGGCAGCGUGGGGCUUUUAUGAUGCAUCCGCCGCGGCGGCGGCUGGUAUUGGGAAUCAGCACAUGUGGCCUGCUGCUGCCAUGCCGCGCCUGUUUGGUGCUGCUCCCCACAUGAUUGGCAGCGGCAUUGCCCACCAUUUGUCUCACCCGCACAGCCACCACCAGGUUGCCGCAAUGGCGGCUGCGGCCCAACAACACGUGACGCAGCCUCAAGCGGCUGCAGCCAUGCAGCAGCCCUCGCAGCUCCUACACGCUGCCAUGCUUCAACAACUGGCGGCAGCUGCCAACGUCCCCACCGCCAUGUCGGCCAUGCCAACGGCAAUGCCUUGCUACGUGGCGACACCGUCCCUGGACAACGACUACAUGGCUGUGGCUGCUGCGGAGAACCUCCAAGUUCAGCUCCAAGGCCUCCAAUCCCUUCAUGGAGCCAUCAUUGCCUCACAAAAUCUCCGCGCAGCAGCGGCUGCUGCAGCCGUGGCUGAUAUGCAGCAGCAGCAACAGCAUCCUGGUGUGAUGGCCUCGGUCGCCGCCAGCGCCGCCGGCUUGUCAUCCGGCGCGGGGUUGCUGAUGAACCCCACCGCGUAUUUAUCCGGUGCCCUGGCCGCACAUCACCCCACUCAUCACCACCUCCAAACCGGCAUCCACAUGCACGGGCUUGGAAUGGGCGGCGGCCUGGUGGGUCCGCGGCAGCGUCGGAACAACAACAGCAAUAAUGCUGUCGCCGGUUCUGCAGCUGGUGCUGCAGUUGGCACUGGCGCGGACGGCCAGGUUCGUUUGAACGCCCGUCAGCGGAGAACUUUGCGGCGUGCCAAGGAACGUGCUAUUCGCGGCUUGUUGGAGGCGGGCAAGCUGCUGGUGGCUCGAACUAUGGGUGAGAACGGAGCCGAGGGCGAUGAAGGGGCAGCCAGCGGCUGUGACAUUCCGUCAGGUGGCUACGAUACGGAUGAUGGCGACCAAAGCGAAGACGGGGAGAGCCCCGCUCGCCCGGCGUGUGUCAGCGCCUGUAGCGCCAGCGCCGCCAGCGGCGGCGCCUCCUCAUCUCCCGAAGUGUCAGCCAAUGCAGGAAGCAAUAACUCUGCGGCCGUUGCAGCGGGAGGCAGCGUUAACGCAGCCGUCGCCAGCGCCGGUGCCGGGAGUAGCAGCGCACCCGCCGCCACCAAGUACCCCGCAGCGCAGCCUGCAUCGUCAAUGCCCGAUUCUAACGCAGCCGGCUCAUCGAAGCACAAUAUGGCUGUGAAUGCCGAGUGCCGCUCACCUAGCUCGUCCAAUGCUAGUUCAGUUUGUGAGGCGGGCAGCAGCGGCGGUGGCCGGGCCGUCAGUAACACCAGUAGUGUGGGCGGCACGGAGGCGGCCCAUCUCGGUGCAGCUAACAGCACGCCAUCUUCAAGCAAGGUGUCCCCCGUGUCGGCGGAGGGGUCCAAUGAGCCGUCGCCGGCACCGGCACCGGCGGCGCCGCCGCGCGCUGGCGUGAAUGUGGGUGGCGACGCCCGGGUGUCGCCGGCGCCCAGCGGUCGGUCAACGAGUGCGGGAAGCGCGUCUGCCGGCUCCGCUGUGGCUGCGGCUGCGGCCUUGGCCUCCGGUACGGCUUCGGAGCUGGAUAUCACCGCAUUGAUACAGCAGCUCAACCAGAAACGCGAGGAGGGGCUGAUUGACGAGAAGCUGCUGCGUGACCUGGAGAUAAUUAACAACCUUAUCGGCGCACUUAAGUCGUCGGUUCCUAGUACGGCACCGAGCUACAACGCCCUGGGUCGCAAACCCUCGGGGAGCCAUCCUCACGUCAGCCACCAGGGCCACCAGGGCCACGGCAACGUGAAUGGAGGUGGCCACACCAUGCAUUACCUGAAUACCACCAUGCAAAAGCUGCCAAAAGGCUUUGCCAUUGGUUAUUGA